GUCUGUUUGUGAAUGAAUUUUGAAGGACAUGUUUGUGUCUUUGUUGUAUGAGAGAGAGAGAAAAAAAUAAAAAUAAAAAAAAAGAACGCCUCGUUCAAAAAAAAAAAGUCGUCGUCACGCGUCACAUUAAAAAAAUCAUUUCUUUUUGACACACACGAAUACACUAAUGUCAACCAUUGACAAGCAAGAUGUUGUUAAAUUGGUUUUGCAAUUUUUACGCGAAAACAACUUAAUUCAAUCUCUUUCAGCGCUUGAAAAAGAAUCGAAUCUAUACUUGAAUACAGUCGAGAAUAAGCAAAAGUUUCUACAGGAUAUAUUAGAUGGACGUUGGGAUAUUAUUUUAAAGCAAGCACAACAUCUCGGUCUGGAUAAAUUAGACUUAUUUGAUCUGUAUGAACAGGUGACAUUAGAAUUAAUCGAGGCUAAUGAACACAGCGCAGCAAAAACACUAUUACGAAAAUCAAAUAUCCUAAGAGAAUUAUGCGAAGUAGAUCCCGAACGAUACCAACGCAUGGAAGAAUAUUUGGAGCAACCCAAACAACAAUUGUACACCAACGAAGCACGUAGAACCCACAUUGCCCAACAAUUGGAAAAGAAAGUAUCAGUGGCACCCAAUAGCAGAUUGUUAACCUUAUUAGGCCAAAGUCUAAAAUGGCAACAGCAACAAGGCAUUUUAUUACCAGACUCAUCAUACGAUCUCUUUCGAGGCACCGUGGCUUUACAAAAGGCAGAAGAAGAUGUGUUUGCAUCAAAGCCUUACGUCUCAAUUAAAUUUCCUGGUAAAAAAACUCAUGCCGAAUGCGCCUCCUUCUCCAAGAACGGGCAGUACCUGGCCACCGGUUCAGUGGAUGGAUUUAUCGAAAUUUGGAAUUACAUGACGGGUAAAUUGAGAAAAGAUUUAACGUACCAAGCCAAGGAUAGAUUGAUGGCAAUGGAUCAAUCCGUACUCUGUGUACAGUUCAGUCACGAUAACGAGUUGUUAGUCUCGGGUUCGGCAGAUGGUAAGUUGGCGAUCUGGAAGGUCAAGUCGGGCCAGUGCCAGAAACGUAUACCCGCUGCUCAUAUAGAAGGCAUCACGUCAGUCGCAUUCAGUAAAGAUAGCUCGCAGAUAAUUAGUGCUAGUUAUGAUCAGACGAUUCGAAUCCAUGGCUUGAAAUCCGGAAAGAUGUUGAAAGAGUUUAGAGGCCAUGCGUCUUUUAUUAACUCGGUCAUGUACUCUGCUGAUAACUCACGUAUCUUGAGUGCAAGUAGUGACGGUACUGUCAAGAUUUGGGACUCAAAAACAACAUCCUGUUUGUACACAGUCAACCCUCAACCUGUGAUUGAGAAGGGGCAAUUGAAUCCGAUGGGAGGAUUAGGCACAGCUUCAGUGCAGAGUAUUCUGCCGUUUCCCAAGAACGUGGACAAUUAUUUGGUGUGUAAUAAGACAAAUACGCUAUUCAUCAUGUCCUCACGCGGACAAAUCAUGAAGACCUUCAGUCAUCAAAAGAAGGCGGGAAGUGACUUUAUUGCGGCAGCGGUUUCGCCGCAGGGGGAGUAUGUGUAUGGUAUAACGGAGGAUUCGUACAUGUAUGGGUUUCAAGUGAGUACAGGGAAUCAAGUUGGGAAAGUCAAAGUCUGUGAGAAUGAGAUUAUUGGGGUCGCAAGCCAUCCUUUAUCCAAUAUCAUUGUAUGUUAUGAUGAUGCCGGUUACGUCUUUUUCUUUAAGGCACCCUAAAAUAAAAAAUAAAGAAAAAACAAAUGUUAUUAUUUUCAUGUAAAUAUCACAUGAAAAGAUUUACAAGAACA